AGAAGAAGGACGGUGGAAAGGACGCAAAGGCGGCGACCGCGCAGCGCAAAGCCCCGACGGGCGACGAGAUGGACACGCUGAAGCUCAAGAAGGCGUGGGAGGUGGCCCUCGGACCUAUCAAGGGCUUGCCCAUGACGGCCAUCAUGAUGUACAUGUCGGGCAACUCGCUACAGAUCUUCAGCAUUAUGAUGGUCUUUAUGGCCUUCAAGAACCCCAUCAUGGGUAUCCUGGGCACCAACCAGGCCUUUGAGCGGUUCGAGACGGACAGCAACCGCGCAAAAAUCCUCCAGGUCAAGCUGGCCUACAUCGCCAUGCAGCUAGUGGCGUUGGCCAUGGGGAUAUGGAAGGUGAACUCGAUGGGGCUAUUACCGUGAGUGCAGACCAAGAAGCCAUCGCAGCGCCGUGUUUGGCUCAAUCGACUAACCACCACCGACUUGUACAGGACGACGAGAUCGGACUGGCUGG